AUUACAUCCACGUGCAGUUGGUGAAUAUACAGCGAUAACACGAGGACUAUAACAGUAGUGUGGUUGAGGAAGUUAUUGGAAUACAGGCAUUGGUUAACAAUUUGAAUUUGACAAUAACAAUAGCAAUGGCGCAAGGUGUACAUAACGGAAUAGGGGAUGUCAAGUUUCCAGAAUAUCAACAAUUUGUCAGUAGAAUAGGGGCCAGGUCAAAAAAUUCAGCAAUUAGAGACACUUUCGAUGAAGGAUGUGGACAGAAAAAUGUAAAUAUGGUUGCUGGACUUCCUAAUCCUAAAUUAUUUCCAAUAUUAUCUACAGAAAUAACGCUAAAGGAUGGAACAACAGUUAAAAUUGAUGAACAAACCCAGGAGGACGGCCUGCAAUACCAAAGCACAUGGGGCAUGCCCGAAAUGAUAGACUGGUUAAUAGAUCUACAGCGGAGGGUACAUAACCCGCCAACACUUGGUAGAGAAGAUCAUCCCGGACAAAUGGAGUUGAUGAUAAUAGCAGGAUGUCAAGAUGGAAUCAGCACGUGUUUCCGGAUACUGCUGAACGAAGGUGAUACUUUAUUAAUUCAGAAUCCAUCUUACCCGACCAUGUUCAAUAUGGUUGAAUCCAUCGGUUGUACACCAGUAGGGAUAGACUCAGAUGAACAUGGAAUAAGCGCAAGCAAAAUGCGGACUCUUCUAGAAAAUUGGGAAACAUCAAACCCAGUAAAUAAAAAUGCUCCAAGACCGAAGGUGUUGUAUUGUAUUCCUACUGGAGAAAACCCUAGAAGUGCAUCAUGGUCGUUUGAAAGAAGACAAGCUGUAUAUCAGAUAUGUCGAGAGUUUAAUCUGCUGAUAAUGGAAGAUGAUCCCUAUUAUUUUACAUAUUUUAACAGGCCUCUGCCUCGUUCAAUGUUAUCUAUUGAUGUAGAUGGUCGUGUUCUCAGAUUUGAUUCAUUCUCAAAGGUUAUGUGCCCUGGUUUUCGGCUCGGUUGUAUGAGUGGACCAAGACCAGUAAUGAUGAAAAUGUUAGCCAUUUAUAUGUCUACAACAGCUCAAGCAUCCGCCGUGUCACAGAUGACAUUGAUGGCCAUUCUUAAGAAAUGGGGUUAUGAAGGCUUUAUGCACCAAUGUGACAGAGUUUCACAAUUUCUGAAACAAAACGCAAGUUAUUUCGUUGAUGCUGCAACAAUAUAUUUAUCAGACGUUGCAGAAUGGACCAUUCCAGAUUCUGGUAUGUUUUUAUGGUUACGAUUUAAAGAUUGUAUGGACGCUACAGACAUAAUGAAAAAAUGUGAUCAACAAGGACUGAGCGUUCUUGGUGGCUUUAACGCAACAGCCGGAAAACCUGCGUCUCCAUAUGUAAGAAUAGCUUAUGCUUUAUCUACUAAAGAAGAAAUUAUCGAGGCAUGUAAGAUUAUGGCAAGAGUGGCAAAAGAGGAACGAAAUGCUUGUAAAUAAUAGCUGAAGACCGUUACUAUGGAUGCUCUACAUACUAAUAACUGUAGACGGACUGCAACAAAGUCUUUAAACUUCAUAUGAUCACUAGUAAUUCCUUCUCUCUCUCUCUCUCUCUCUCUUUCUCUCUCUCUUUUCCCGAAAGCACGGAUCGAACACCCGACCUUCAGGCUAGCGAGCCAGCGCCUCACCCACUUAGUCACCGUGACUCCCUAUGCGUAUUAAAAUACUGGACGGAUCAGUUGUUCUUGUAAGUAAAUCCAACACCCAUUUAAUAUAGAGACCGGUUAUUUAGACAGAGAUCGCCUCGUCUCUAUAUUACCCGGUAUCAGUGGGAAUUCCCUCCUCCCAGUACACCGUAUUGUAGUAGAGUAAAAUACCUACAACCCACAACUUACUUUCAAUUAUAAAAAUACUAUCUUAGACGUUUAAUUAGAAACGCAUUGUUUAAUUGAUAGUCAGAUAACUAUGAUCACAGAAAGAGAUUAUGAGAUUAAGAGAUUUACGCUUUACCUGAGAAGCAACAAAGGUUAGAUAAUUAUGUAUUGUUCGACGUUAAUACAGAAAAGUGGGACAUUAAACCCCAUUUUAUUUCAUUCGUCUUUGUCUCUAUAUUAAGCCCGUCGAUAUCAAUAUCGUGUUUGCCCUCCAUUAUCACCAGCCUUAACAAUAGUUUAUUUCUCUACACGAACCUCCUGGCGAAAAUGGCACCCAACCUAUUUUAACGAUUUAAUCGCCUUGUUCAACAUUCACAAUAUUGUAAGUUACAAGAGAUUCAAUAAUACAACAAAAUUAAACAUACAUUAUGACGUCACAUUAAUAAUGAUGUCAUUGUAAUAAUCAUAUUAAACAUACAUUAUGCAAGAGCUAAAUCUGCCAAUUGCAGGUCUUUCUUUAGGACUGAAAUGUUAUCUAAAUUAUUAAUUAGCCAUUUAUUAACUUAUCCAGACCAGAUUCAACUCUCGAUACCAUCGCUAGCCUGCGAUAUUUACUGGAUUAGAACCCGAUCUACUGCUCAACGCUCAUUGAUGAUUAAAUCAAAAAAUGGAUAAUCGAGACUAUGGUUUUUUUAUCAUACCGACUUUAGUAAUGAUGAUCGAGGCUAGACCCAAAAUUCAAUCGCUAUAUUCUCUGAAAUUUUCAGCAAAUUCCCUUUACAUUUUCUAGUUUUUAACUAUUAUAGUCAGAACUUCCAGCUCUUUAUCUAAUCUCCCAUAAUGUAUCUUAAAACAAUAAAUAAACCAGGCUAUGUUCCAAUGUCUUAUUUAGAGCAGUAAACGCUUCGAGGCCUUAAGGCAGACUUCAACAUUUUCAACAGAAUUUAUCUUUGUUGUCCAGAUAUAUCUUACUCAAAUAAUUAACGUAGAUCACCAUAAUAAAUAACAUUCUAAAGUUCAUUUGGGUCUUAGUGUUGUCUUUAAUUUUUCAUUUCUUUUUCUUAUUUCUUCUAUCUCUUUUUUCUUGUUGCUUAUAUUCUGAAAUACAGAAAUUGACAAUGAUGAAUAAUAGUACUGCGUGUAUUUAUAAUGCGGUUUAUCUACAAAGGUAUUGCUCAGGGUGUGAUACAUCCACGAUUUCUCCAGUGGUCCCAUUCCGUUAAACACCCAUAUAUCCUGGGUUUAUCCAUGGGGGAGACUUGAUAAUUACUGCCUGUUAUGGCUGACAUAAAAAAACAUCUUUCCUACUCAAAAGAUGUUUCAGGACAUCUUUUUGUGUGCAUGUCAAUUCUUUUAUUUUAAAUUUCGUGCAAAUGUUCGCAUAAUCGAGUUGACAAGCUGCCAUAUUGUUGUGAACGUUAACAAUGGGGCUAAGACUGGUUUGUAAACUGUUUUUUGACUGGUUCGUAGAGCCGCGCUGCGGUCAAGAACAGAUAAUUUGAAUACGUCAAUACCAAUGGAUGGACCCAUGGUAUAGUGGGGUACCGAAUAUGUGCUUGAUACAAUUACUGGGAUAUAGUUAAAGCCCGAUUAUUGCCCUUUACUUCUAACCUCUUUAAAUCUUCGACAGUAUUGCUGCUCCUGUACCCUAGACUCGGUGGGUAUAGCGUUUGUUCAAUAAGCAGGAGCUCUGGGGCUCCGUGCCUUUCUCUGCGAUAUCAUUUCGGUGGAAGUUAUUUCGCACAGACGGACACGCUGCCGAUAUUGGCCGAGAAAGUUCCUCAGGUUUUUGGGAGAGAAAUGGUUUACCGUUCACUACGUCAUUUCCGGAUGAGGUUGGACAGGCCACCUACUCCUUGUCAUGUACAAGCGGGGAAUCGAAAUCACGCCAUUGUACUCAACGACAGGCCUUAUGAUGCAACGCGCACGUGUUACCCCCCCCCCCCCCCAGAACACACACAGACACAGACACACAGAGGAUAA